AUUUUUAUUCAAUAUGUCAAUUUUAGACGGAAAACCUAAAUCCAACCCAAAUCUAGAUUGGUUUGCCUUUGAGACACGUAUUCGAAAGGUUCUGCAUGAUCUUCUCGAACCCACUGCUGAGAGGUCAAUCAAGACCAAGGAAAAUGUAGAAGAAGUUAAAGCUGAAAAUUAAAAUACUCACAAGAAAAAUAGAGGAAAUAGAAUUUAUUUUACAUAAGUCUCACAAAAGAUCAACUCUAUUCGAUAGCGUCAACAAACGUCUUAUCGAUAAUGACUCUGAACGUAAGAUUCUAGAGAGUAGAUUAAAUAAUGAAGUCAGGAGCAUUACUACAGAAGCAAAGGGGAUCAAGCAGCGAGUAAAUCUCAUCGGCGAAGAAGUCUCCACCAUUAACACCAGGAUUAUCGAGCAUUUUAACCGAACAGAGGAACUAGAAAAACGGUAUGCUGAGGAUAAGAAGGAUAUCUCCCUACAACUCCAGAUUGAUGACAUCAAUAGCCAACUUAAAGUCAUCGAUGAAUGGAAAGGGCAUGUAGACUACCUCCUUAGCAAUUACCAAGAAGACAUUUAUCGUCAAGGGACUUCAAUCGAGAAAGCCAGGAAAGAAAUCAGUGAAUGAGAGACUCUAAUCAGAAAGGACUGUGUCAAGAACCCUUCCUUCAAGAAGCUCUCUGAGGAUCUAGAUAAGAGAUUGACUUAUUGUCAGAAUUCAGCCGAGGAUAUCAGCAGGAACUUGAUGUCCACUGACAACUACAUUGAAAAGUACUUGCCUAUCAAGAUCCACAAGUUCAUAGUCAGUUCCUUAAGAAAUGUGUUUGAGGAUAAGAAAGAUAUCAGGAAACUCAAGGAUUACGAGGCCAAGAGAGACUGGCUCCUCAAUGAAGUCCUCCAAAAUGACAAUGGUAAACCUGGAGACUUCAAGAAGAAAGUCUUUGAAGAUAACCAUCACAAACUAGGCAGAGUCAAAGUCCAAACCAGGCAUAAGAAUUUUGGAUCAGGGAGUUUAAGAAAAGAUGGGAAAUUAAGUAGUCUAACUUCUAACGGUACAAACUCUAUCAGAGCUAAAUCAAUAAAAAGGAGUAUGAAUAAGUCUAGAAGAGGAGAGAGUAGCAUGAUAUCUCACCAGAGCUCACAACUCUCUGGCCCAAAGGACUUGGAUGAACCCUCAAAGCUCCAAAAUAUCAAUGAGAGAGUAGCUUCUAAAGCAGGUGUGGGAAAGAAGGAUGAUACUAGUCCUGCUUAUCCUUCAACCAAUAAUUACCCAUCUAUCGAAGUUAAGGAACCCUACAUGGCUGAUAAACACAAAAGGAUCAGCAUUGAAAAAGAGUUGCCUGCUAGCUCAAAAGCUCUAGCCACAAUUCAUGAUGAGUUCAAUUCUGAUGAGAGAAACUUAAUACUAAAGGAAGCGAAAUCCCAAGAAUUCAAAGAAGAUGACAGCAAUAAGCAUGGUCAGAAUAAAACUCAGGCUAGACAAAAUCUUUUAAAUUCUAUUGAAUACGAAGAUUAUGGAGGAGAGCACAAUAAAGACCCUGGCGCUGAGGAUGGUGAACUAAUCUCACAAAAUUCUUCAAGCGAAUAUGGUGAAGACAUAGAAAGCGAGUUAGAUGAAAUUGACAAAAUCUAUGACAGAAAAAGAUCUAUGACAGAUCUAGUCACCAUGCAUGGCCUAGAUGAUGAGUUUACAAAAUUUCUCUCAGAAUUGGCCAAUGACAUCAAAGAACUGAAGAAAAAGACUGAGACUAUUGGGAACAACCAAAAGAACUUUGAAUCUAAUUUUUCAAAAUCACUACAGAAGAACUUUGAAGAAAUUACUUUCAAAGUAGAGAAAGAUUUACUCGAGCAGAAAGAGUAUAUUAAUUCCCUUCACCAAGACAUUGAGCAAUCCAUCAAACAAUCCAAGAGGGAUAGGUCAGACACAUACCUUGCCAUGCAGACUCUAAAACAGAAGAUUGCAAUGGUCCAAGACCACAGUAAAAAGACAGAGAGUUACCUCUUCAGGACUUCAUCAUCUUACAUGAACAUCCUUGAAAGCAUCAAGUCACAUUUAUAUCUCCUGAAGCAGAAGGAUAUGAAUGAAUAUGGUGCCAAAAUGCACCAAACUCAGCCUAGACCUUAUGUUGCAUCUGAAGGAGAUGUACUCAAUCGGAACAGAAGAUCUCAUGCAAUUCUGCAGACUGGAGAAAUGCCGAUCAACCAAGAAGCUGAAAACCUUGACCAUGAACUUCAUAAGCUAGACAUGCUACUAAAUGAGAAUAAUUCCAUGCUAGAAGGCAACCUUCAGAAUGAAUUUGAGAAGUAUGAACAAAAAGCUCUUCUUUCUUCAGGAAAGAAGAGACCCAAGGUCUUAUCUUCAGAAUCAAUGAAAAGACUUCGGUCUGCCAAAAUUCGAAAAGAUGCAAUGUCCCCAACAAAAUGACUCAGUAAGAUCGAUACGGUUGGGCCUAAGCAGAAGGAGAGCACUACUCCGAAACUUCCGGACUUUGGGCCUUUUAAGAAAUCAAAGAGCAAGUAUAAAAUAUCCAGACCUCCUCAAAAUUUCAAUGAUAGAAGGAUCACAAUGAACCAAAGCAUGAGAUGGCUAGAGCAAUUCUCUCCAGAAAGAGGUAAAAGCGUUAUAAUACGACCAACGUCCAAUAAUAGCAGAAGAGCUGAGUCCGAAAUGAGCAAAAAGGCUCCAAUCAAUCAAUAA